AUGAUCUUUGAAGACGACGACAACGAUGAUGACGUAAUUUGCUGCGGCGGUGCCGCCAACGCCGCAGGGGUAAAGAAGAAGCGAUUGGGAACAGAGCAAGUGCGUGCUCUGGAACAGAGCUUCAAUGUAGAAAACCGGCUCAAGCCGGAGCAGAAGGAGAAAGGCCAUUUCAAUGUAGUCACCGGCAAGGCUCAAUUUUGUGAGCUUUUUGAGCUCAGAGAACUGAGAUGGAAGGUAGCAGAGAGUUGGUUGCAACUGAGGUUGAGGGAGAUUUCGAGGGAUGGGAGGAGGCCGAGAUUCGGCGGGAUGGCACCAAAGAAAGUGUUUUCCCUUAGGCCUAGCAUCUGGAGCUUCAAGCAGGAGAUAAGUGAACAAUGUUUAAAGAAAUUCCUCUUCCCUUGA